CAUUCGCCAUUAUACUAGCCUUUGAUCCACAAUACCUUAAAAUUUUCCUUGUUAUUUUUAUAUUUGCGCUUUUAUUAACGAGCGAGCAGUUUAAAGCACCGUUAAAGUUUAUAUAUUCUUGCUUUUUAAAACCGAUUGGAAAUAAGUUUGAUCAGCGAAGUCGUUUAGAUUCGUUUUAUGAGGAUCAAGCAGAAGUUUAUGAUGCUACACGUGGUCGUCUGUUACGUGGAAGACUUACAAUGUUAAAAGUUACGGCUGAGCAGCUUAGGAAACAAAUGACGAAUACGUCACGUAAACCAGUUUGGAUUGAUAUUGGUGGUGGAACUG